AGAUCAGGACGAGAGAGGAAAAAAAAAAAAAUCAGUAAAAGUAGAGCAGAGCUGAAACGUCGCCGGAGCGGCUGCUCAACCUCGGACCCGCGUCGACAACGAGCCCCGGUCCGAGGAGGAGGACGGGACUAGCGGACUAACUAACGGGACACGGGCUCUAGCCGGAUUAAGCAACCGAAAAGGGAAAAGGCUCCGGCCGAGGUGGGGGAUCGGGGAUGAGCUGACCGCCGGUGUUGCGCCGACUGCGCCUGCGCAGAACCAUCAUUUCUAACGGGGAGCGAGGAUCGGCAGAACACCGGGGCCGCGGGAACGCGCUCCGCCGGAGCCGGGAGCGCGCUCCUCCGGGGGGCCGGGGGGCCGAUGCCCACGGCAGACUGCAGGCUGCUGCACCACCAUGGCCGGGUCCGGAGGUGCCUGACCUACCUGCUGCUGCUGCCGGAGACGCUGAAGAGGUCCAGGAAGGUGCAGGGCCAGGGCCGGCUGCAGGGCUCCGGGCUGCCGGGCUGUUACGAGCUGCUGUCCCUGUCCCUGACCACCAGGACCGGGCUGCACAAGCAGCAGCAGCCCGAGCAGAGCACCAUGGCUGCGGAGCUGUACACCACCAGGACCGGCCCCGGGACCGGGCUGGAGCUGCUCGGGGACGGGGAGAAGAGCAAGGAGGCGCCGGUGCAGGAGUCCAGCCCGGGCAGCGCGGCCAGCACGCCGGCCGGGCUGCAGAACGUUAACAACAACAACGAGGACCCCCCCAGCUGGCAGUGCAGGCACCCCACCCUCAGGGAGAGGAACGCCCUGAUGUUUAACAACGAGCUGAUGGCUGACGUCCACUUCGUCGUGGGGCCCCGGGGGGCCUCGCAGACCGUCCCGGCACACAAGUACGUGCUGGCCGUGGGAAGCUCCGUCUUCUGUGCCAUGUUCUACGGCGAUCUGGCCGAGGAGACGUCCCAAAUACAUAUCCCAGAUGUGGAACCUGCUGCUUUUCUAAUUCUGCUGAAGUACAUGUACAGCGACGAGAUCGAGCUGGAGGCCGACACGGUGCUGGCCACCCUGUACGCCGCCAAGAAGUACAUCGUCCCGGCGCUGGCGCGCGCCUGCGUCACCUUCCUGGAGACGAGCCUGGAGGCCAAGAACGCCUGCGUGCUGCUGUCCCAGAGCCGGCUGUUCGAGGAGGCCGAGCUGACGCAGCGCUGCUGGGAGGUGAUCGACGCGCAGGCCGAGCUGGCGCUGGGCUCCGACGGCUUCCAAGAGAUCGACCUGCCCACGCUGGAGAUCAUCCUGCGGCGGGAGACGCUCAACACGCGCGAGGCCGUGGUGUUCCAGGCCGUGCUGAGCUGGGCCUCGGCCGAGUGCCGGCGCCGGGGCCUGGGCCCCACCACCCGCAACAAGAGGGAGGCCCUGGGCAAGGCGCUGUUCCUGGUGCGCGUGCCCGCCAUGACCCUGGACGAGUUCGCCAACGGCGCGGCGCAGUCCGACAUCCUGACGCUGGAGGAGACGCGCAACCUGUUCCUGUGGUACACGGCGGCCAACAAGCCGGCGCUGGACUUCCCCCACGCCGGCAGGGCGGGCCUGGCGCCGCAGCGCUGCCACCGCUUCCAGUCCUCGGCCUACCGCAGCAACCAGUGGCGCUACCGCGGCCGCUGCGACAGCAUCCAGUUCGCCGUGGACAAGCGGAUCUUCAUCGCCGGGCUGGGGCUGUACGGCUCCAGCGGCGGCAAGGCCGAGUACAGCGUCCGGAUCGAGCUGAAGCGGCAGGGCGCGCUGCUGGCGCAGAACCGCACGCGCUUCCUGUCGGACGGCUCCAGCAGCACCUUCCAGGUGUGGUUCGAGCACCCGGUGCAGGUGGAGCAGGACAACUUCUACACGGUGAGCGCCGUGCUGGACGGGGGCGAGCUCAGCUACUUCGGCCAGGAGGGCAUGACGGAGGUGCAGUGCGGGAAGGUCACCUUCCAGUUCCAGUGCUCGUCGGACAGCACCAACGGGACGGGGGUGCAGGGGGGGCAGAUCCCCGAGCUGGUGUUCUACGCCUGACCCCCCCCCCCCCACCCGCCCUCACACUAA